AAUGCACUCCACCUCUCGAUGGAGUUGGGUGCUAUUUGAGUGGAGAAUCGCUUUCCCUAAUUAGAUUUACUUAUUUCUAGGGUCAGCAAUGGAGUCUUCGGGGAAUAAAGUACAUGCUUUGAACACUGAGAGAAAUUCAAGAAAGCCAUGUUUUUAAUUUUCAGCAACACAAAUACAAUGUACCUAUAUGUAUCUGAAAGUUAGCCCACAGUAAAAAUCCAAUUUUCCUUAACAUUUAUGAUCGAAGUAUCUUAAUCUGGCAAGCAUUCCAUUUUAAGCUCAAUCUCAUGGAAUGCCAGCGAGCAUCGCAGAAAUCUUCCAAAAAGCUAAAUUAAUUUUUAUGCCUUAAGUUGGGCGAUUUUGAGGCUUAAUCCAGUACCAUACCAAAGCCAUAGGUUUCAAAUUAUUGCUGGAUCGAAGUCCUCGGUUUUUAAAUUAUUAGGGUUUUAAUACCCUUAGGUUUUAAUGGCGCUGAUUAUCCAGUCCUCUUUCGUCAAGCCAAGAUGGCAAUGUUCCAGCCCAGAGACAGCGGUUUCAAAAUGUUAUGUCUCAUCACUUCCUUCGGGUUGUGUUAAACUUGGUGGGAAUUUGCAGGUUGAUAGAAUAAAAUGUAAGUGUAGUGCGAAGGUGAUGGACCAGCAGGCUCCGGUUGCAGACAAAGCAGUGAAAAUAGAAAAGGAGAAAGAUGUUGCUUUUUCAGGUUUAAGUCAAGUGUGUGCUGUACUGGGGACACAGUGGGGCGAUGAAGGGAAGGGCAAGCUAGUUGAUAUUCUCGCAGAGAGAUAUGAUAUUGUGGCACGUUGCCAGGGAGGAGCAAAUGCAGGUCACACUAUAUACAACAGCGAGGGAAAGAAAUUUGCUCUUCAUCUUGUACCUUCUGGAAUCUUUAAUGAAAAUGUGUUAUGCAUUGUCGGAAAUGGUGCUGUUGUGCAUCUUCCUGGACUAUUUAAAGAGAUAGAAGGACUAGAGUUGAAUGGAGUUUCUUGUAAGGGAAGACUUGUGGUUUCUGAUCGUGCUCAUUUGCUAUUUGACUUUCAUCAAACUAUUGAUGGAUUGAGAGAAGCAGAACUUGCAGGGUCUCUAAUUGGAACCACAAAGAGAGGCAUUGGUCCAUGCUAUGCAAGUAAAGUAACGCGGAAUGGUAUCCGGGUAAGUGAUUUGAGGCACAUGGACACAUUUCCUGAAAAGCUGGAUAUUCUUUUGCAUGAUGCUGCUUCUCGUUUCAAAGGCUUUGAGUACAGCAAAAGAAUGUUAGAAGUUGAAGUGGAGAAUUACAAGAGGUAUUCUGAACGAUUAGAGCCUUAUAUAGCUGACACUGUUCAUGUGAUGCAUGAAGCUUUCUUGAAUCAGAAGAGGAUCUUGGUUGAGGGUGGCCAAGCUACUAUGUUGGAUAUUGACUUUGGAACUUAUCCAUUUGUUACUUCAUCUAACCCAUCUGCCGGAGGACUCUGCACUGGUCUUGGCAUUGCUCCGAGGCAUGUUGGUGAUGUGAUUGGGGUGGCGAAGGCGUACACAACAAGAGUCGGCUCAGGUCCAUAUCCAACAGAACUGACUGGUGCAAUGGGUGAAAAGCUUCGAACCGCUGGGCAAGAGUUUGGUACUACAACAGGCCGUCCUCGUCGUUGUGGUUGGCUGGAUCUGGUUGCACUUCAAUAUUCUUGCAGAAUCAAUGGCUUCUCAUCACUUAAUCUGACCAAGCUUGAUGUGCUAUCCGGAUUUCCCCAAAUUAGGCUUGGGAUAGCUUACAAAGGGCCUGAUGGAAAUAUAUUGCCAUCUUUUCCUGCUGAUCUUGAACUUCUAGAGAAAACAGAGGUUGUCUAUGAAGAGCUCCCUGGAUGGCAAGAUGAUAUAUCUUUAGUAAGAAGAUAUGAGGACCUUCCAGCUGCUGCCUGCCAGUAUAUUGAAAGGAUCGAGAAUUUUCUUGGAAUACCAAUCAAUUACAUUGGUGUUGGUCCAGGUCGCGAUGCUCUAAUAGUCAAGGGAUAGCGUCACUGUAUUUUUUGCCAUCAGAUUCCUCUUCAAGAACUGCAAGGGAAAGUGCACGUUUGAGAAUAUAAACUCUUAUUUGCCUGACAUUAUUACUCAGAGAGAAUUAUUUGCUCCUUGUGAGUCAUUUUUGUCUAGUGUUUUUCCCAAGUCGGUGGUUUUGAGCUUGAGCGAUGAGAUAAAUUAGACAUCAUGGUGCUUUGUUAUUCUGCUUUUUUUACCAUACACAUUAAAAUUUUAUGGUUAUGGCAAUGAUCCGGCCAAGAAUAUUAUUCACGAUCCUUUGAAUUAAUAUCUCAUUACCCGUUUCUGUA